GGAUUCGAAAAACGGAUUCGGCCGCAACAACACUCGCGCUCUCGGUCCCGCGCUUCUAUCUCGACGCAACCGUCACGGAGACUGAUACCGCGUGUCCUCGUCCGAUCCUUAUCAUCGUCGUCGUCGUCGUCGUUUGCUGCUGAUCGGGUUUUCGAAAUAUUUAACGUGCACCGUUCCGCCGUUGUUGGUCGCAACGUCGUGCCGGAGGAUCGCCUGGCCCGCCACGAUGUGCUGCCUGGUUCCGAUUGAUCGUCUUACUCGCGACGCCGAAUCCGCGCGAAAGUGAAACCCAAUACGCAACGCGGUUGUUUUGUACACCGGCCGGAGGCAUGCCGAACGCAGGAGGCGAAAACCAUCCCGAGCCUGAAAGAACGACGUCCAACUCGGUCAUCGUCAUACAUCCCGGCUCGCUGUACCUGAGGAUCGGCCGGGCCAGCGAUGUCGCGCCGCACAAGUACAUACACGGUCUGGCCCGUAGCAGUCUGCUCGGAGAGGUUGUCCGAGAAGACCGCAUACUACCAACGUUUCCGUACAAAAACCCCGAGACGUUGGCCAUCAUGGAAGAGAACAGAUUGCAGGCAUCUCACAUGCUGCAGUCGAGUUUGCAGUCAAAUGGUGACAGGAGAUACGCUACGCCUCCGCAACAGAUUUCCGCUUUUAACCGUAAUGCUGUACCUCAGUAUAAGGACACUGCGCCGCAUAGCUAUGCGCCCGAAGCUGACAUAAUCUAUGGCGAAGAUAUUUUCAAUAUCGAUCCUGAAAAGGUCUAUAAUAUAUUCUUUCCGAUAUCUAACGGAGAAUUAAAUGUUAAUGGCCAAAUUGGGGGUUCAUUAACAGCUGUUCUAGGAGAUCUUGAAACAAUCUGGACACAUUGUAUCAACAAACUACUAGACAUUAAGACAUCAGAGUUCCACAAUUACAAAGUAAUCCUAAUCAUACCAGAUAUUUUUAAUAGAGUCCAUGUGAGAGAAAUGAUGUCGAUGAUAUUAUUAAGUAUGAAGUUUAAAGCUUGCAUUCUCAUACAAGAUCAUGUUGCAGCAACUUAUGGUGCUGGUUUGGGUUUUGCAUGUGUUGUAGAUGUUGGUCAUAGUAAAACAUCUGUAAGUUGUGUAGAAGAUGGUAUAUCUCAAACGAGCACAAGAAUAAGAUUACGUUAUGGUGGAGCAAAUAUUACCCAGACGUUUCAUUGGUUACUUAAAAAAUGCAGUUUUCCAUACCAUGAAUGCAAUCCAAUGACUAGUCAUUAUGAUGCUAUAUUAUUAGAUAGUUUAAAACAAAAAUUCUGUCAUUUAAACUUGGAUAAAUGUGGUGCUGUUCAAAAAACAGUAACUGUAAUGAAACCUGCCAAAAAACAAGUUCAAUACAUAAUACAGGUCGGUGAUGAAGCGAUGAUUGCAGUAUUAGGAAUGUUCAAUCCAACAUUAUUAGGUAUCACAGAUAACAACCAUUAUGUGAUUCAAGAAGGAUCAAAGUCACUUCCUGAAGAUCCUUAUGAUGAAGAGUUCUUGAGAGAAACUAGUAGACGAGGAACUGGUCGUGAAAUGGAAACUGAAACACAAGCUGAUAAUAGUAUUGCCCACAACACAGAAGACGAAUUAUGUGUUGAUCAAAUUGAAACGGCAGGCAAUUAUUUUGAAAUUGAAACAGGGCGACCGCAGAGUCUUGAUAAAGUCAUUGUACAAAGUAUUGAACGAUUAAAUUCAGAUGACAUCAAACGAAAAAUGUAUAGCAGUAUAUUAGUUGUGGGUGGUGGACUUAAAUUUGAAGGAGCAUGUGCUUGGUUAAAAAGCAAAAUAUCUUUGAACGCACAACAAGUCUAUUAUGGAGGACAUAUUGAAAUUAUUAACUCACCAAAAGAUUUAGACCCACAAAUUGUUACAUGGAAGGGUGCUGCAAUACUUGCCGGUUUGGAAUCAUCUAACGAACUUUGGAUUACUGGUAAAGAAUGGUCAUCCUGGAGUGUUAGGAUUUUAAAAGAACGAGCCAUGUUUAAUUGGUGAUCAAAACUAAUUAUCUUUGUAUCCUUCCUUUGCUCAUGAUAAAUAACCCUUCUAGUCAUAAAAACAAUUUUUACAGAGAUAUUUUCUCUCUCUAAUU